AUAUUAUUAAAUAGAACAGUUCAACUGAUCAACCUUUGUUUCAGGCGUGUUCACUAAAAUGGUUUCUAGUGGCAAUAAGUAUGCCUAAACCUAACAUGUUGUUAGAACAUCCGGAUUCUGCGCUUAAAAAGGGAGAGAUGGGAACGAUUGUUGCAAUUCACAGACCACACGGAGGAAUAAUAGCUUGCGAUGAUACCGAGGUGUUUUUCCAUCGAUCCCGUGUAUAUCUGAACGGAGUUCAUUUAAGCGUAACCACAGAUCUACUGUUAGUUCUUCAAGUGGGCAUGAAGGUGAUUGUUGAAUACUCUCCGAAUAGCUCCCCCGGUGGACAAAUAUUUGAAGAUUGUCCUGCUCCAUAUAUAGCCCUUCUUGCCUAUACAGGUCCCCGUCCAACCGUCCCAGAGAUUCGACACAAACCCUUCCCCCUCGCUGUCGACAGUUCUAACAAAUAUCUUGUCGCUAAAAUUGUGAAGUUUGACCCCCCGGGCCCUACCGGUGUCGAGUCCGGUAUCGCGGAGGUGUUGCGUCCAUCCGACCUCAACACUCUGGCCUUCACCAAGAACUCGUUCAAAAGGUAUAUUGAGGUCGACACUACGGUGAAGUUUGUACAUUUUCACCGGGACAAGAUGUUCCAUCUCGGGGCCCUUCAGUACAGGACGGACUUGCAAUAUUUCUUUUCCUCUUCAGCUUUUGGAAUGAACAUUUUCUAUUGCUAUGCAGAACCCUUGGCAGGCUCUGAUGGCGAAAAGGUUUUAUUCAACGGCGAACCAGUGACGCAUGAGAUUACGCUGGGAUGGAAAGGAAGCGUAUCCUUUCUCCACGCGACAGGUCAAGGAGGGUUGACCCUCACCCCCAAUACAAAGGAGGAUACACUCCUGUAUCCUCGUAUCUUCUCCUUUCAGUCCACCAGGUUCCUGGGCAGGGAGGGGAUGAACAUCAAGUUGUACGAGGACAUUGUUGAGGGUUCUAUACCCCCUAGAGCUGUUUAUCUAAACGGAUACUCCAGUUCAGCUUCAGAAGGAACAGUUUGUGCCAGAGUACACGACAUUCUUCCCCCUCAGGGUAGUUCUGGAGUAUCCACUGGAAUAGUAUAUAUAGAAUCUGGAGAGUAUAUGGAUAUGAAAGCUGUUUUUGACAGGAGUGUGUGCUCCGUGUUUGGUUGGAGCCUGGAGAAAACGGAUCUCCAAUAUAUACUGGAGCUAAAUGAACCUUGCUUUGUUCAUCUCGACUUCAUUCCAGACUCAGAAGAGGCAGACAUCAAAUUGCGUGUAACCUGCCUAUGGGUAGGGUGGCCUAAAGAGCAUGCUAGCUACCAGCACCCUAGGGAUAUUCCAAUAGGAGAUAGACACAAACUUUUGCUGUUUCUUGACGCUCACGACCUUUCUAUAAAAGAGUUCUUACAGGUUCUUAAAGGAGAUAAACCUCCCAGGAUAUUUAUUCCGUUUCGUAAAGACGAAAUGAAGGGUACUGUUGUACAGUUAGAUAGAGGUUGUAAACUCAGGGGUGUCGGACCUAAGGAGCAGAAAGGUGGGCGGGAUGCAGGAGCUGUUUGUGGAGUUAUCAAGGUGGAUAAAGGAGCACUUAUAGGAGCUCUAGUCACAUUUCAUAGGAGAAACACGUGGGUUCUUGGUUAUAACAUGGGAAAAGUUGAUCUAACCAAUCUUUUCAUAGAAGGUCAGAAAGUGUCAUUAGAAGUUGUACCUAUAUCUGCAGAUGACAGAAAAAAGUAUCCUGGGCUGCCAUAUCAAAACAAGUAUAGAGCUACUCUUGUAUGGACAAGCAAGUUUAGACCAAGGAACGAUGUUGUGAAAACUGUUCCUGAAUCUGUUCAUGUUAACAACUGGUUAAAGAAACGAGGGCUUUCGUGGGAUAAAUUUCAAAUUCUUGUAAAAGGAAAACUGCCGAUAGUUCCUCCUCUGAUAGCAACUAGACAUAGAACGAAUAUGCUGCGUGGUGGAGAACUGGAAGAAUUGUUAGAAAAUAACGAAAAGACCGAGUCCGGACAGAAUACAGCUGAUGAUAGGUUUACACCAAGGUUGGAAUCCCUGCCAGUCUUCCGGCAUGGAUCAGACGCUGUACGGAUCUGUGAUGAAGCUUUAUCCGUCGUUGGACCUUCGGAUCCUAGGAUAUUCAGGAUUAUUCAGAAUGACGGAAAUGCACAAAUGGCUUUCCAUAUUCAUAAAGCUCUGGGAUACGCACUAGAGGAAUAUAAGAAGGUAACGGGGCGGGUAGCGCCGGCCAACUAUUCAGGUUUCGGCGAUGUCUUCAGAUCUGGACCUCCGAUCCUGGGACUUGGUGUUGGUGGUCCGGGACCAGUAUUAGGACCAGUUGGACCCAUUGGACCUGGAGGUCAUGGACCAGGACCAUGGGGUGGGAUAGGGUUACUCCCACCACCAGGACCUCCUUUUAACUUCAAUAUAGGUCCUGGAUCAUACCAGCAGGCCAACCAGAUGGCCAGCAGGCUCCAGCAGAUGGCCAUGGAGGAGGGGGGACGGAGAAGAGAGAUCGAGGAAGGGGGAAGAAGAUGGGACCAGCAGGAAGGAGGGAAGAGACGGGAUCAAAGUAGAGGUGAAGAAUGGGAGGAAGGGGAUGAAAGAAGAAAAGGAUGGGAGGCGGAGGGAAGGCGGAAUGGAUGGGAGGGAACGAAGCGGCAGAUGAAUAACCAGGGCGGAAAUAGGGGAAAGAAAAACCGAGGUGGAUGGAAUAGAUAAAAAAAUAAAUCAUAUCAAAUAUUUGUAAACCAAAUCAUUACUCAUUUAAUUGUAAAGAAAAUUUUUGU